GGGAGGGGAGGAAACUUGCUGUGAAGAUCAGAUGACAGCAAAUAGAAGGGAGGAAAGUGAGAGAAGGGAGAAAAGGGGACUCAUGCAUUUUCUUCUCACUUCAGGCAGACCCACAACCAGGCAGAGGAAUGUCUUAGUCAGUGGGCCUGUAGGGCGAAGCUACAGGUGUGGGGCUAGCCUCUGCGAGGAGAGACACACAGAGCCUGAGAGGGCUGCUGGGGAACAGUUAUGCGGUCGGGUUAUGGGUCCAGGAGGAGGGGGGGGGUCAGUCGAGUGACCAGUGUGAGGCAGGGUGCUGGGCGGGGGACAGGGACACCAGGGAGGACCUCCUCUGUCUUCUGCUGUCAUGGCUCUGUUGCUGUCGGAGAGGAAAGGUAUUUGCCGGUUAGGCGCUCUCGCCACAGGGAGAAGGCCCGCCUGGCCACAGAUUCUGAGCUGGAUCAGGACCUCAGUGACAGGCUGGGUCUGGGCAGCAGCGAGACCCUCACUAACGGCAGCCACCGUGCCGACGUGGCGGCCUCCAAACGCCUGGCCAAGCGGCUCUACAACCUGGACGGCUUCAGGAAGUCCGAUGUGGCGCGCCACCUCAGCAAGAAUAAUGACUUCAGUCGUAUGGUAGCAGAAGAGUAUCUGAGUUUCUUCAACUUCACAGGCCUCACUGUCGACCAGGCACUCCGGACCUUCCUCAGGCAGUUUGCCCUGAUGGGGGAGACACAGGAGAGGGAGAGGGUGCUGUCACACUUUUCUAGGCGUUACCUCAAGUGCAACCCAAAAGUCCUACCGUCGGAGGAUGCAGUUCACACUCUUACCUGUGCCCUUAUGCUGUUGAACACUGAUCUACAUGGCCAUAACAUUGGCAAGAGGAUGUCCUGUACACAGUUCAUCGGGAACCUGGAAGGACUGAACAACGGCCAAGAUUUUCCCAAGGAUCUGCUUAAGGCCCUGUACAACUCAAUCAAGAAUCAGAAGCUUCAAUGGACACUCGACGAGGAAGAGCUGCGGAAAUCGUUUUCAGAGCUCGGGGACAGCCUGUGCGACUCCGACGCCUCCAAGUCUAUGAGGCGGGUGGGCAGCAGUGGGAAGCCCCUGUCGGAUGCGGACCAGCCCACCGGAGCACUGCUGUACAAGAACGGCUUCCUGGUCCGCAAAGUCCACGCCGAUUCAGAUGGCAAGAGAACGCCAAGAGGGAAGAGAGGGUGGAAGACCUUCUACGCAAUUUUAAAGGGCCUAAUUCUCUAUCUGCAAAAGGGGGAGUACAGGCCUGAUAAGCAGUUAUCUGACGAGGACCUGAAGAACGCCGUGUCCAUCCAUCACUCCCUGGCAAUGAAGGCCUCAGACUACAGCAAGAGGCCCAACGUCUUCUACCUGCGCACCGCUGACUGGAGGGUGUAUCUCUUCCAGGCUCCGAAUGCAGAACAGAUGCAGUCCUGGAUCACGCGAAUCAACACAGUGGCAGCCAUGUUUUCAGCUCCUCCCUUCCCAGCAGCCAUCGGCUCGCAGAAGAAGUUCAGCCGGCCACUGCUGCCUGGGACAAUGUCCAAACUGUCUGAGGAGGAGCAGGUCAAAUCCCAUGAAGCUCGAUUCCGUGCCAUCUCCACUGAGCUGGCUGAGCUGCGCUCCUACCCCCCUGACCGCAAAGUCAAAGGACGUGAGCUGGAUGAAUACCGCCAGCGGGACGAGUAUCUGGAGUUUGAGAAAACGCGGUAUGGGACGUAUGCCAUGCUUCUACGGGCUAAAAUCCGAAGCGGUGAGGAGGACCUGUCUCUGUUUGAGUCACAGCUCCUGGAGGACAAUGGGCUGCAGAGGGCUCACUCCAGCCCCACGCUGCAGGACAGCAGCCAGGCCAGCCAGGCCAGCAGUAACAGGGAUGGGGGCAACAGCAGCAAGGCCAGCGGCUGCAGCGCCAAGCCACGGCAGGAAGGCCAAAGACACAGCUAUCGACAGGCCGUCAAGAAGUGAGACGGGGCGGGGGCGCCGGGAGCGGCACUGCGUUGCACUGCCAGCGGCAGGCUGUCUCCCUGCACAGGUUUUUAUUUGAGAUCUAGGAGGGUUUGGAGCUCUGCUUGAAGGGGGAACGGGAGUGAGGCUCUUACCCCACGCCCUCCCCCAACCAUGACGCCCUACCCGGCACCCCAAUCUUCUCGUCCAAUAGAGAAGGUGCAGAUCCAGUGACUGGCAUACUAGGCUGACCAGUGCCAGCAAGGAUGUUGGGGCAGGAGGUGGGAGGAACGGUGGAGAGGUCACAGAUCUGCGGAGAUGAGGUGUCAUUGAGAAGGUACGCUGAGUGCAGCAGCAUACUGUACUAUGCAGUAAGAUAAGGGAGGAGGGUGCUCUUGGAAUGAACAGAGCACCAAGCAGGGACCUACAUCCAGCAUCCUUUCCUUUUUUUCCUUUUCUUCUUUCAAGGCACCUCUCCCGCCAAACCCUCCCACCUUUUUCUUGACCUUUUACUCUGUUUUGGGACCAAACACGUUUACGCAUUUGAAACAUCUCGUCUCAGAUGACAUUUGAUUUGGGUUGAAUUGCUACCGCCACUCUAAUUUGAAGUGCUGUAAUAGUUACUAGACUUUACAAUACAUGACCAGGUAUUACAGAGCCAUUACAUCGCAGUUUCUUUUUUGCCACAUCGCCAAGGUGUGUUCACAUUCCAUGCAGGAGCGUGACAUUACGGCAUUCGCAGCUCCUGGACUCAUUUCACCACAGGCCACUGGUGGCAUCGAGCUGAAUACAAGUGAACAUGGACUGACAGUGUGCAACAUACUGGAUCAAUGCUGAGGGCGUGGCGGCAGUAUGCAAUGCAUCUUGGGUGAGGGCAGGAGAUGGUACAGCACCUCUCUCUGCUUCUUCUCUGCUCAUCUGAUCUCAGAGAGGAGGUCUGUGGUCCUCCUCUUUUCUCUAGCCACUUAGAGGCCAGUUAGAGGCAAUGAGACCUGUAUACAUUCACAAUACUACCGGUACACAACAAUAUAACUCAAUACUUAACUGCAUCUCAGCAGGAGAGACACACCAUCUUUUUUGCUUCACUUGAACAGAUGUUCUCUUAUCCAGUUGCUUUCGCUCCCGUCCUGUGAUGUGCUUCUGUUCUCUUUCUUCUUCUUCUUGGCUGAAUGUUGUUUUCUCAAGUGAUCCGCAUGCCUGCAUCCAGCACAGCUUCUUUUAGGCCUUUUGCUUCUUUGAAGGCGACACGGAGAGCAGCAACAUGUUUUCUGGGGUUGUAUAGUCCUUUUCCUCAUGCCGGUGUUCAGCCAUAUCCCACAUGUGUAAUCUCUGUGUGUACUUAUAGCCUCUCAUUUAUAAGCCCUAUUUUAACACUCACCAGGCAGACCCUGAAUGUUCUUGUUUUUUCAAUAUUUUUACAGUAUUUUACAGUUGUUUGUUGAUGUUGAACCUACUCCUCCUGUGUAAUGUAUGUCAAGUGUAUGAUGAAAUAUGAUAUCAAAAAUGUAAAGGAAUAUGUUACCCAUAUUCAUUGUAAACAUACAGGAUAUGUUGUAUAUAACUCACCACCUGCUGUAUGCUUAUAUUGUAUGAUAUAUGACGGUAUAUUUACAAUAUAUUCAACACACUAUUGUGAAAAAUGCAUAAAGUACACUUAGAAUUGACAUUCCUUGUAGUCAAAGUCCCAAAAGAGCUACAUGAUUAUCAUGUUUUUGUUUUGCUUUUUUUUUUUUUUACUGACAUGGUAAUGUCUAUUGGAAAUGGUAAAAGAGCCAGCAGCACAAUAUGAAUAUUAUAUGAAUGCUUAUGUAUGUAUCAAAGAACAGCAAGUGAUCAAGGAUAUUUAUGAAAGGAUUAAGCCACGUGGGAGUGUAAGAAACUAAUUCAUAUAAGGAUUUCAGCGACUGUGGGAGGUAUUUCAAGUGGAGUGCAUGGUAUUGUAUGACCUAACAGCAUGAUUAAUGUGGAUCAGGGUUGCUGCUGUUGUUCAAGAUCCAUUUAAAACCUGUGGAAUCUGAAAGGAAGACGGUGUGACAGUGAAGCUUACUGCUGGGGGACGAGGGUCAAGCACUGGUUCCGAUAUUGAAAUUAUUUUUAACCAAUGGAAAAGGGAAACCAUAUCCACCUCAUUACAUGUCUUCUUGUCAUUAUAGCCAUUUUCUACUCAGGCUUGAAUAUUACACUUUGAACAGCUGCAGUGCCAGCAUCCUACCAGCAGGGAGCGCUGUCGACAUUCAGUUACUUUUUUUCCGACCAUGAAAAACAUCUGCCACACCUGCAGUGCACAUGCAUGGCAGCACCUGUUCACCUGAGGAUGGGUGCUGCAGGGCUAUGAAACAGAACAUAUUUGUGCAUCGUGUGGGUGUCAAGUCUGUGUGUUUGUGUGUGUGUUUGUGUGUGUGUGUACGUGUGUGUGUGAGAGAAUGCUGUUUGUUGACAUGUCUAUCUGUACGGUAUGUGGAUGUUAUUGUAUGCAUGCUGUUACAACGCUGGCUGUUCUAAGGAGCUAUAUUUCACAUGAUUGUAGAGAACGUCCUAGCCAGUGUCACAUUGUGUGAAGCUGCAACAUUAGCAGCCUCCAUCCAGCAGUGUUUGUCUCCAAUGUUGCUAACUCAGUAUGUGCAAUUUGAAUUCAGUCAGUUUUUCGAACCGCUGAUUGAAUAUUCAGGCUGAACUAAAGCAUGGUGUUUGCCUGCCAAUCAAAAUCAACCCCCCAUUUCGGUUUAUUUUCAUCCGUACGCCACCUCAUCCUGUGCUUUUCUCGUUUGCCCUUCCUGCACUUCCUUUCUCUCAUCUCUCCUCGUUUCUUUUUCGCAUCCCACCGGCGUCACUUUUCACUGUGGUGGUUUUCAAAACUUGCCAUCAGGGGUUACAUGUGUAUUGUUGCCAUAACUGACAUGCCGUACCUUUUGCCUCUUAUGUAACUUGACAUCACAGCUGUGUAUUUAUUGAUAGUGUUUGAUCCUGCUGUUUAUAAUGAGGCCAAACUGUCAAUGAAGAAGGGCAGCCAUGUUUGAGUGCCAUUCAUGCCUGCUGAGGAGAGGGAUAAUGCCUAUUUUUGGAGCUGCAUUGUAGUGAGAUUUUAGAAAAAGUGAUGAAACAAAAUGAAACGAUGUUAAAUCAAGUGCGGAAUAGGAUCGACAAUUUCACCUGUCUCUCUUACGAACCAGCACCCUUACUCUCAGUGCAUGUGGUGUUCUAGCAAAGCCACAGAAAGUGAAGCAGUGAUGUAUCACAGCUGCAUCUCUGACUGUGAUUAUCUGCCAGAGUAUGAAGGGAAGGCAGUUCUCUGGAGGGUCCAACCUCAACAGUCAAGUCUCCAAGGUCCCCUCCCCACAGCUCUCUAUUGGUUGCCACCAUUGUCUGACAUCAAGGAGCAGCUGCGGGAUCUCCAUGGCACUGGUUUGCAUGGAAAUCACUGGUUCCCCUGACGCCUCUGUGCUGCUGAAAUGAAAGUCAGCGGUACACCAGAGAGUGAACAACCAGUGCCACAGCAGCGGUGCACGCCUGCAGCCAUUUGGGCAAAUGGUUCUCUGGAUGUGCAUUUGUACUGUAAUUAUUUUCUGUUGUCACGGUCCACCCACUCCAGCCUCAUUUCUGAAUGUGACAUGUAUAUAACGCAUGAGAUACUAUGGUCUGCUUUCAUUUAUAUUAAGUUUAGAGUAUUAAAUGAAAGGUUAAUAUAUAAGGUAGGUCAACAGUUUAUGUCCUUGGGAUCAUGGCCAUUUGUUUUGAUUUCAAAUCAAUAUGAAUGAAGGAAAUGGCUCUAUUUAAUGCUGUUUUAUGCUGAUGUGUUUUAGAGAAGCGAGCCAGCUCAUACAAAAACUUUUACAUGUAGGGGUCUGUCCAUUUCAGUGUUUUUAGACUGGUGCAGGUGAGGCGAUGUUCAUUUUACGCUAUACAUAGGCUACAUGUGUCACUGCCUUGUUACAACUCACCAAGGAAAUGUUGUUUGUGAGCUUCUCACUUUGGGAGGCGUAGAAGAUAAAAAUAAACGUGUUUUGAAAGGUU